GGGUAGAGAGCGACGGAUGAGGUCAUGAGAUUGAGAUUGUCGGAUUCUUAUGUCCGAUGAUACACAAGCAUUUACCACUCCACUGCUCAUUUUAUAAAAUGAAAUAUUGCGGGAAUGGAAGCGACGUAAAACCCCCAGGAAAACCCUAGAAAGUAAAUAAAAGUAUAGAACCAGAUAGAUUCCAAUUCUCUUCAUCCAAAUGGAAAUCUCAGAUAUCCCAUCUUUUCAAAAUCUGUAUCACCAUAGAGAACACCAUCUCAAUCUCACAAAAACAAAAUUCACUCCUAAUAAUAACCCCAAUUUCUUCUUCUCAUCAAAAAAUCAUUCUCACAACAAGCAACCAAGAAGAACUAGUAUCCAUUCGAUUGUUUGCCAAACCAAAAACAAUGAAGAAGAAGAGGAAAAACUAAAACCAAUUGGGAGUGGAAACUCUAGGUUCAGGUCAAAAUCACAAGAUUUUGUUAUAAAGAAGUCAAAGGGGAAGAGUAGAAUGAUAUGGGUUUGUUCCACUUGUGGAAAUUCAUCAUCACAAUGGUGGGGGAGUUGUAAAUCUUGUGAAGCUAUGGGUACAAUGACUCAGACGUCAGUGUCACAGACUGAAUUUGUUGAGGAUAAAUCAAGGAAAUCAUGGAUAGUACCGCGUAAAACAGACGAGUUAGGACCGCAGAGGUUGACUGACGUGAAUAAGGGGGUGAAUCAGUUAACUUGGAGAAUCCCAUUAUCUGGAGUUUUUGGUGCUGAAGUAUCUAGGGUGCUUGGAGGUGGUCUGGUCCCAGGUUGUUUGGUUUUAGUUGGUGGUGAUCCUGGUGUGGGAAAAAGUACAUUGUUGUUGCAAAUUGCUGCAAUGGUGGCUCAAGGGGGUGAUUCUGGUGGCCCAGCUCCAGUUUUGUAUAUCUCUGGUGAAGAGAGUGUUGAGCAAAUUGGUAAUAGAGCGGAUCGUAUGGGAAUGGGAAUCGGAACGGAAGAAUUGUUCUUGUACUCGAGUACAGAUAUUGAGGAUAUACUGGAGAAAGCUCAAUUGCUUUCUCCUCGGGCACUUAUUAUUGAUUCUAUUCAGACAAUGUAUUUGAAGGGGGUGUCUGGAAGUGCAGGAGGUAUCAUGCAGGUAAAUGAAUGCACUUCUACUCUGUUGAGGUACGCAAAAAGCACUGAUGUGCCUGUAUUUUUGAUUGGGCAUGUGACCAAAACUGGUGAGAUAGCAGGACCUCGUGUCUUAGAGCACAUUGUGGAUGUUGUUUUGUAUAUGGAGGGGGAGAGGUACUCGUCUCAUAGGUUCCUUCGGUCAGUCAAGAACCGGUUUGGGUCCACAGAUGAGCUUGGAGUGUUUGAAAUGUCACAGUCUGGUCUGCAAGCUGUCUCAAACCCUAGUGAGAUAUUCUUAAGUGAGCAGCAGUUGGAUUUCGAUGUUUUAGCUGGACUUGCUAUUGCUGUAAUUGUUGAUGGAUCUCGAACUUUUCUGAUUGAGAUUCAGGCGUUAUGCACUCCUGGCAUGCCAGUUUCAGGGAGUGUUACGGGAAUCCCGCAGAGCAGAUUUAACAUGAUCACUCGUGUUCUGAUGAAGCAAGCAGGUCUAAAGCUUCAAGACAAUGUCAUUUUUGUAAAUGUAGUUAGUGGAGUCAAAUUGACUGACACUGCUGGUGAUCUUGCAAUAGCAGCUGCAAUAUGCAGCAGUUUCCUGGAGUCCCCUAUUCCCAAUGAUGUUGCAUUCAUUGGAGAGAUUGGCCUUGGUGGUGAACUUCGUGGGGUCUCAAGAAUGGAGAAGAGGGUGAAUGCUGUGUCCAAAUUGGGAUAUAGAAAAUGCAUUGUUCCGAAAUCAGCUGAGAAAUCUCUUGCAUCCCUUGAUCUCGGAGGAAUGAAGGUUUUGGGCUGCAAGAACUUGAAGGAAGUAAUAAACACCGUCUUUGGGAGCAAUUGACCUCUUGCCCAUUUCUUCUGAAUUCUGCAUUGAGUUGGUGCCUAUUUACAUGGCAGUGUUGAUUUGAAAGCUUGUAUAGUUGGCUAGAGUUCUGCUCUUGCCUCAGUCAGGCAGUGAAGCAAUGUUAAUGUAUUAUCUUGAAGAUCAGAAUCAUAGCUGUCAUCGUCUUUCAGUUA